UUAAAACAAAACUCAUCAGCAUGGAGAGGAUGAUUAUUUUCUGUAUGCUCUUCUUCUGUUGCGGUAUGGUUCUGACUGCAACUCCACAAAAAGCAAUGAAAUACAAACAGCUUGUAAAGACAAUUGAUUCGUUAGAAGAGGUAGUGAAAGAUAAGGAUGUUGAAUUGCUGCAUACACCAGAAAACCCUGUGGACGAAUGCCUGUUCACAGCUGUGACGUGCUUCCAGAACGGCAUACUGAAAUUACAGCCUAAGAACAGCCAAGUAAAUGCUAAAUUCAUCAAAACAGUUAACAUCUUGAAAAGACCCAUUCUCAAAGACUCUGGAAAGCAGUGUGAAUCUACAUGUGAAUCUUAUGAGAAAAAAUCCCCCAAAGAGUUUUUGAAGAGCUUCUCAAAGUUGAUGAAAAAGUUUUUCAAGGAGUAAUACUGGACACAUGAGACCUGAAGGCUACCGAAAAUCUACUAUUUAAAGCAGACACUAUACUAUUUAAGACAACGUGAAAAACGUAAAUAUUUUC